GGGCGGGACUGUUGUGCCUAUAAAUUCCAAAAAGGCCACUCAACUCCCAGAGCAGGAUCCCUGGAAUUCUACUCUGUCAGCUGCUGCUGUUGCUACCGUUCUCAGGACCCUCACCAUGAAAGGCCUUCUGCUGAUCACCUUGUCUUCUCUGCUCUGCUGGGUUUGUGUCUUCCCAGCUGACAUUCGCUGUCACUCCUGCUACAAGGUCCCUUUGCUGGGCUGUGUGGACCGGCAGUUCUGCCACCUGGAACCAGGACAGCAAUGCCUGACAACAAAUGUGUACCUCGGGAAGAUGUGGGUUUUCUCCAACCUACGCUGUGGCACACCAGAAGAGCCCUGUCGGGAGGCCUUCAACCAAACCAACCACAAGCUAGGCCUGACCUAUAACACCACCUGCUGCAACAAGGACAACUGCAAUAACCCAGCCCCUCGGCCCACCCCGGCCCUGGCCCUUGUCCUCCUUACCUCCUUGGCUGGCCUUAGCCUCUGGCUGUUGCACUGAGACUCGCUCCAUGGCUGCCCCUCCUCCCACCUGCCUUAGCCUCUCUUCUUGUGUCUUCGUAUCCUCUGCUUCCUUUUGCUCAGAAAAGCAUUUCUCCAGACCCUUCACAUUUCUUUAAUUAGACGGUGGUCCCCCGAUCCAUCCUUCCAUCCCACACCCUCCACUCUGCUUCUCUGGAGUCUCUUUCCAUUUCCCUUGACACCACUCCAGAUCCUCCAUCGUCUCCUAGAAGGGCUCCGCACUUUGCCUCCUGAACUCCCCUGUGCCCUAUGUGAGGAGGGAUUGGAAUCUGGGCCUGAAAUGGGGUUUCUGUCCUGUCCCCAGUGAAGGCUCCCAGGAAGGACCUGAUGACCUCACUGUAUGAGCUGAUUCUCCAAACCCUGGCUCCUAUAUGUACCUCAUCCCCUUGCUCACCCCUUUCCAUUUUGAGUAAUAAAUGUCUGUAUAUGA